AUGCCCACCCGCACCCGCCUCGCCGCCUCCUAUGGCCUGCGCCUCCCCACGCGAGCCGCCGGCAGCAUGCCUCUGGCCGAGCACGAGCUCGCGGCGGCGGCGGCCACCUCCGCGCUCGGCGUAGCGCUCGGGGUGCGCCUGCUCGUCGCCCUCUCCCGCUCCCGCGCGCUCAAGCCGCUGGCGGCCGCCACGUCCGCCGCCGCCGCCGCGCUCCGGACGCCGCGGGCGCUCGCCACCGCCUCCUCCCCGGUCGCCGCCAUCCUCGCUGCGUCCAAGGCCGCAUCCAAGUCGUACAAGGCCGCGCGCACGCUCGGCCCCGCCGCGCGCCUCCCCAAGCUCCCUGAUUCCAAGCACCUCAAGGCCGCCUUCGCCGCCGCCUCGCUCCUCCGCCUCGCUGCCGCCGCGCCGGCCUCCCUCCACGCCGCGUCGCCCGCGGGCGUGGCCGUGCUCGCCGUCCUCAACUCCAGCUACAAGCUCUCCAAGAACACGUCUAAGAUCGUCGAGGGCUUCCUCGGCCUCCAGGUGCACAAGGGGUUCAGGAACGGGGUCGACGCGCUCGGGGUGGUCGUCAAGGUCGCCGUCAUCGUCUCUGAGGUCGCUGUCUGGGUCGGGGGCCGAUUCUGGGGUUACGGACGCGCUCGCUGCGUCAGGUUCCUCGGCUUCACCAGACCCAGUAGCUUAGUCCUGCUUGGGUGUAGCAAAUCUGAACCCCAAGUUGUACUAUUCGAUCCUGUUCUGGUUGACAUGGAUGCUGAGGGGUGCGAAUUGGAGGAGCGAGGGGCCUCAGAAUUGCUCUCUCUUGCUGUGCCAGUGCCCCAGGUGACAACAUUAAUGAGUAUGAGUUAG